AUGCUUUACUUGCGUAAAAAAAGAUUCCGUAUCGUCACUGCUGCGCUCAUUUCACAAGCAAAUAAGCAAGCAGACGCUUUGGGUACCUCUGAAUCACAACACCCACAGCCUACAAACCCCUUUGUUCUUUUCGCUCUUCUUAUCAAUAACAGCAUUCGCAAUCAUACAUCUGAAUGUUGCCUCAACGGCCUCUCGGAUUUGUUCCUUGCAUGUGUUGUAUCUAUUGUGUGGCACUCUGUUCAAACGUAA